AUGGCUGUUCUGGGAUUCAAGGAUGAACUACCAGGGGAUGACGAGCGACACCUGUCCCAGCAGUACCCUUUAUUGAACGGCGAUCUUGACGAUGAUGAGUUUGGCCAGCAGGUUCCAAACAGCCGAAGGCGGAAUGUUGUUCUUGCCAAAGUGUCUGCGGUCCUUGCCUUCGUCCAAUCGUACCUACCACUACCACGAUCAAUUCCAGAAAGCCCGUCACCCACAGCAGAAAGCAAGGCCAUCUCGAUACUAUGGGCCGCCUGGGUAGCCGUCCGUCCCACCAUCCUCUCGCGCACAACGACUCGGAGUCGCAAAGUCCACCCAACAGCCUGGCUCGAUGGCCUCCGUGGCAUCGCAUGUUUCACUGUCGUCUUCUACCACAACUCCCUCCUACUGUACCCAGGCCACUGUGCAGCAUGGGUCAGUUCGGAUUCACACAUCUUCCGCCUUCCCAUCCUCCGCCUGCCCUGCACAGGUCCGGCGAUGGUGGACAUUUUCUUCGUGAUAUCUGGUUACGCACUGAGCUGUCGGCCAUUGUCACUCAUACGGACAUCCGACUUCACUCGAUUUUCCGAGUCUCUCUCCUCGGCGGUGUUCCGACGCGCCAUACGACUCUACGCCCCGGUCGUUUUCUUGACUUUCCUCAAUGCCAUGCUGAGCUACUACAAGCUCUUCGACCCUGCGGGCGCAGACCACGUCCCGUACGACAGCACCAUGACUAGGACCUUGUGGCACUGGCUAGACGACCUGUUGACGGGUUUGAACCCCCUCAACCUCGACAGAUACCACUCCUGGAAUAUCAAGGGCCUACGAUACGCCAUCGGCAUGUGGACCAUCCCCUUUGAGUAUCGCGGGUCUAUCAUCGUGUUCGUGGUGCUACUGGCGCUCGGCAGAACCCGCCCAGCACUACGAUUCUGCAUCCUGACGUCCCUCGUACUCUUCUGUCUCGCCCAAGGACAGUGGGACGCGUUUUUGUUUCUCUCAGGCCCUAUCUGCUGCGAACUCCACCACUAUCUUGAACAGCGACCGCCGCCACAGACGGCCACAUCUGCCAGCGGCGGGGACGGCGGUAACAUUCUGCUGAGCGAAAAGGCAUCCGCGCGCAACAACACGCUGGGAGUGAUGAUCAAACGCGUCGCCCUGGUUCUGGGCCUGCUCGCCAUCAUGGCCGUCGUCACCAUGCCCGAGUACCCUCACAUGGGCGACGUGCAGCUCUACAGCACCAUCAAGUCCUUCGACCCCAGCAGCUGGAACAACCUCCCCAGCGUCGGCCGCCUCCCGGUCUGCGUCGCGUCGGUGGUCCUCGUCUUCUACGCGGGCCGGUCCCAGAUGUUCCGGAACAUCCUGUCGGCGCCCUUCCCUCAGUACCUCGGCGAGAACUCGUUCGGCAUCUACCUCAUGCACGUCACCCUGAUCAACAGCAUAGGCCGACCGUUGAUGCGGGCGCUUUCCAAGGUCCCCGUGCACCUCGGUCUCGGGAAAGUUGGAUGGUCAGGCCAGGUCGGCUCGUGGCUGGUUUUUUUCCUGUACGCUGCCAUCGCCAUCCCGACCCUGUUCUGGAUCAGCGAACUGGUCACGCGCCACGUCGACAAGAAGAGCGUGCAGUUGGCGAGGUGGCUCGAGCAAAAGUGUCUAAAGAAGAACGUGUGA